GGUAGAGCUACUUCUCUCAGCUUCUUUCCUGUCACUGGUGAAACGUGAAGCUUAUUUAGUGUUGUAUAUGUCUUAAAAGACAGUUGAAAAACAGAACAAUGACACAAAACCACCUGUCGGGAAUGGAGGCGUCCGCCGUGUCUGUCUUGAAGCGAGCGGUGGAGCUGGACCAGAGCGAACGUUUCCAGGAGUCUCUCAUCUGCUACCAGGAAGGCAUCCAGCUGCUUAUAGACGCGUUAAAAGCUGUAAAAGAUGACUCAAAGAGAGGACACUACAGAGAGAAGAUAAAGGGCUACAUGGACAGAGCAGAGCAAAUCAAAGUUCAUGUGAAUCAGAUGAAGGAAGAUGGGAAGUACCACGAGCAGAUAAGAAUAUCAGAGGAUUCUACUGGUUACAGCUAUGAGGUUCUGUUCAAGCCAUACAUCAGCAGCGCUCUCACUGAAGUCUGGGUGGAGGACCCGUACAUACGGCACACCCACCAAUUGUACAACUUCCUUCGGUUCUGUGAGAUGCUGCUAAAAGCCCCCUGCAAGGUGAACAAGAUCCACCUCCUCACGUCGCAGGAUGAAGCUGAUAGUGGCCAGCAGAGCGGCGCUCUGGCCGAGUUGAAAGAGAGUCUCAGCUCUCACGGAGUGACUCUAGACCUGCAGUACUCCUCCACUAUCCAUGACCGGGAGAUCAGGUUCGAUAAUGGCUGGAUCAUAAAAAUUGGAAGAGGGUUGGAUUACUUCAAGAGACCUAAGGGCCGAUUCUCUGUUGGAUACUGUGACUAUGACCUCAGGCAGUGCCAGGAGACCACCGUAGACAUUUUCCACACCAAACACACAAAAACUCUAUGAGACUCACAAACCUAAAAUGAUUAUUUUUUGCCAAGCCGUUUAAUUUACUUACCUGCCUUCCAAACACAAGCAGAUCUACAGUAUUGUUGGAUUUGCCUUAGCUUGCGGGUGUCUGGGGACUAACUUUUAUAACAAGAUGGGUUACUGUUUGAUUUCUGCUGCACUGGAACAUCUUAAAUUUCUGCUAACUGUACUGCCGCUGCUAUUGGUGGAUUUUUAAGUUCAGUUUUCAGUUCUUCAGUUUUCUAUGAUUUUUUUCUGUUUUCUAUGAUAUUUAUGAAAAAUAUGGAUAUUUUUAUCAUUUUGGUUUUUUUACUUCCACAGAUUGUAAUUCUACAGAGACCUUUUUUGGGGAAAAUUAAUUAUUUCAAAACAUUUUUUCUAGAUUACUUUACACAAUUAAAAAUGUAUUUUUGUUUAAAUCAAAUUUAAAUUAAAAAAUUCAAAACCAAAACAUACUUAAAACGCAUUAAUAGUAAAAUGUGUUACAGGAUUGCUAACUUUAGGCCCUUUUUAAAUGAAUUGCUUAUGAUGGGUAAUUGGACCUCUAGGUAAUGAAACAUUAGGCCCUUUUCGGUUGACUAGAAAUGUACCGUCCUGAUUCUAUUAGUAGAUUAAAGAAACCAAACAUGGCCCUAAAUAUCGUUUUGUACUGAAAAAUGAAUAAAAUGUAACAGUUUUUAAACUAUUUAUAAUACAUAAAUGCAGAAUAAAUAUUAAA